AAAUCUAUUAUAUAAAUUGCUAAUAUUGCUGAUUCUUCCGGUUACAUCGUUACGUCAAAGCUUCCCAACUAUUCAAGAUGGCAGCAGCAAUGGAUGUUGACACGCCGAGCGGCACAAACAGUGGAUCAAGCAAGAAGCGUUUUGAAGUUAAAAAGUGGAAUGCCGUGGCACUAUGGGCCUGGGACAUUGUGGUGGAUAACUGUGCUAUCUGUAGGAACCACAUCAUGGAUCUCUGCAUAGAGUGUCAGGCCAAUCAAGCUUCUGCAACCUCUGAAGAGUGCACGGUAGCCUGGGGUGUCUGCAAUCAUGCCUUCCAUUUCCACUGUAUUUCACGCUGGCUGAAAACCAGACAGGUGUGUCCUCUGGACAACAGAGAGUGGGAGUUUCAGAAAUACGGACAUUAGCUGGAUUACUGUGGACCCUUUUCUUGGAUUCAGCAAACGUCGCCCUCAAUGCUUCUUUAUUCCUUCCCACUUACAAUCCUGUUAUUUUACACACAUCUUUGUUUUGGUAUAUUGUAAGUACUUAAAUAAACAAAUGUUGUCUCAGA